CUUUCCGCUGAGUCACGGUAGACGCCAAUUUAAUAGAUGACCAAUUAUCAUGUCUGGCUGCUGCUGGCUGAACAGAGGCAUGUCAGGUCUGCAGGGCAACAUCAUGGAUGUCCGCCAGGAGGGAGGAGACAGAGGAGCAUAUAAAAGAGAGAGAGAAUUGUAGGCACACAAAGCACUGUACUGGAUAUCCAGAGAGAAAACUGAGAAUCACUGGGAACACAGACCAAACUACCAGUCUUAAACUUCAUCCUAACUGGUCUACAAUGGAGACAAGCAAGAAGACUCAGACAGCAGCUGAACAGUUGACUGACAAGGAUUUGUCAGAGCAAAUCAAAAAGGUGACUAAAGACAGUCAUGUCAGGGCAGAAAACACUGAAUUGAUGCUGAGCUUCCAGAGGGGACAAGUCAGCCUGCCACAAUACAAGCUCCUCCUGAGCUCACUGUACAAGAUCUACGAGGCCUUGGAAGAGGAGAUGGACAGGAACUCCAACCAUCCUGGUGUCGCACCCAUUUACUUCCCAGCUGAACUGGCCAGGCUGGAAUCCAUUGAGAAAGACCUGGAGUACUUCUACGGCAAGGACUGGAGAGAUAAGAUCGCUGUCCCUACAGCCACCAAAAGAUACUGCCACAGACUCCGACAGAUUGGCAAAGAAAGUCCUGAACUUCUGAUCGCUCAUGCUUACACCCGGUACCUGGGUGACCUGUCUGGAGGGCAGGUCCUGGGUCGCAUUGCCCAGAAGUCCAUGGGCCUGAAGAGCAAUGAGGGCCUGUCAUUUUUCGCCUUCCCCGGUGUCUCCAGCCCCAACCUGUUUAAACAGCUCUAUCGCAGCCGGAUGAACGGUGUGGAGCUGACGGAGGAGCAGAGGAACGCCAUGCUGGAGGAGGCUGUCAGAGCCUUUGAGUUAAACAUCCAGGUCUUUGAUGAUUUACAGAAGAUGCUGAAUGUCACUGAAAAUCAUCUGCAGAAUUCUUCAUCACUCUCCAAAUCAGCAACACUCCAGAGCAACUCGUCUACAAUGCUCAGGAUGGUCCUGGGACUCUUUGUGGCCCUGGCUACUGUCAGUAUGGGAAUCUAUAUUUUUUAGGGAGAACACACAUCAGAAGUACUAUGUGUCGGUCUGCUGUCGUAAAGAUUUUAAGAUCUCUAAUGUUGUGAUGUGAGACUACUAAAUACCUGUACUUAGUUCUAAUUCUGUAAGAUUUUAACUGUCUAAAAAUGACAAAAUGCUGUGUUAAUGUUUUGCAAUUUAACUGAGAACCACAUUUAUAAUGUGCCUUCAAGUCAGAACUACUUAAAUUCAAAUGUUCUCUGUAACACUGUUAUACAGUGUGCCAUAAAAUGUGCAAUAUUAGUUCUAAUACUGUAAAUAUGUAAAUCUUGAAUAAAAUAUUUUGUUUAAAGA